AUGUCAAUCACGCAAGAAACGCUUCAUCUCAUAGUCAACCCCGUAUCAGGACACGGUAAAGGAGUUGAAUUCGUCAGCCAAACGAUCGUCCCUAUCCUCGAGCAUCUUUCGAUAUCCCAUCAGAUCUACACAACCACCUCCCCAGGAGACGCAGGGAAUAUCGGUAAGAAGAUGCUACUUUCUUCUCAGAACGAAGGUACAGUGAGAGUAGGUAUCGUAGGUGGAGAUGGCACGUUUCAUGAAUUCAUGGAAGGUGAAGGUGUUAGUGAUGGACAAGUCAGAUGGGAAGUGAUCUUGUUUCCUCAUGGUACAGCAAACGCCCUAUACUCAUCACUCUUUCCUCCUGCAUUGACGCCCUCACCCCUCCAAUCACAUCAAACCCUAAUUGAAACUCUACCUUCCCCUUCUCACUCCGAAGAAACCCUCUACAGUCUCUUAUCCCUCUUCUCCUACCUGGCCAAGACCCUUCCAGUAUACCUACCUAUCACUCAGACCACACUGUCUUCUCCAACUGGUGCUGUUGAGCAACUUUGCUCUCAUGUUGUAUUAUCAACCUCUUUACACGCAGCUAUAUUAGAAGAUUCAGAGAAACUACGAGAGAGUCAUCCAGGAACGGAGAGAUUCAAAAUUGCAGCUCAACAAAAUGCUUCAAAGUUAUUUUAUGCCAGUGUCACCUUACAGUCGCAAUCCAACCUAGGAGUCGAACAGUGGGAUCCAAGAAAGGGAGAUUGGGGUUUACCAUAUACCAUCAAGAACACCACUCAACCAUCACAAAGAGAAAUCACGAUUAAAGGUCCAUUCUCGUACUUCCUUACUACCUCUACAGUAGAUAGGUUAGAACCUCAAUUCGUCAUCUCACCUUUGACCUCUUCAAAUCAACACGAAUAUCAGGGGUAUUUAUACAUCACGAUAAUUCGACCUUUGAGAGAUCGUUUCAUCUCCCAAGCUCAGCCCGAAGAUAGAAAGGAUAAAUUGGCGAAGAGGGCUUUCGAAGUGGUUGGUCAAGCUUAUUCGAAUGGGAAUCAUGUGAACCUUACUCUUUCUGAGGAAGACGAACUGAGAAGUUUCGGACUGGAGAAUAAAGGUAAAGGUGAACCUGUGGUGGAAGUAUUUAGAUGUGACUCGUUCGAAUGGAUACCCACAAAUGAUCAAAGGAAGGUAGAGGGAUUGGACAGUGGGAAUGAAAGGUUGGUAUGUGCUGAUGGAGCUUUACAUACUAUUCCCCAAGGUGGAUCGGCAAAGGUCAAAUUGGAAGAUAAGAAGAAUGGGAAAAAUUUCUAUGUAUUUGCGUAA